GCUCCCCCCAAGCAGAGGCUCCGCCCCAGCCAGAGGCUCCGCCCCAGCCAGAGGCUCCGCCCCAAGCAGAGGCUACUCACUCACUUGCACCGGCUUCAAACGCGCUUGCUUCGCUUUGGUUUCGUCCCCGGUCGCGGCCUCCCACUGUUGACCUUUGCCCCCGCGGCGCGGCUUUACGUCCCGCGCACUGCGCCCGGCCCAAGAUGGCGGCGCCCGUGUGCAGGCGGGGACUGGGACCACGGGUUCUGUCCUGGAGCCGACAGCUGCCGUGUACUUGGAGCGCCCUGCACACCUCCGCGGUCCGCGCCAAGAAUCGCGCGGCCAGAGUCCGUGUGGGCAAGGGGGACAAGCCAGUGACCUACGAGGAGGCGCACGCGCCUCACCACAUCGCCCAUCGCAAGGGCUGGCUGUCGUUGCACACAGGUAAUCUGGAUGGGGAGGACCACGCCGCAGAGCGAAUGGUGGAGGAUGUUUUUCUCCGCAAGUUCAUGCUGGGCACCUUCCCAGGCUGCCUGGCUGACCAGCUUGUCCUGAAACGCCGGGCUAACCAGGUAGACAUCUGUGCCCUGGUCCUGAGGCUGCUACCCGCACACAAGUUCUACUUCCUUGUGGGCUACAGCGAGACCCUGCUGUCCCACUUUUACAAGUGUCGCGUGCGUCUGCACCUCCAAACUGUGCCCUCAAAGGUCGUGUAUAAGUACAUCUAGGAUAGUGGCCUUUUGGCCAUGAAUCUCUAGCCUGCAAAGGACAAAUGUGUGAGAAAGGGGUGAACUAGAAAUGGGGAGAACCCCUCUCCCCCAGAGUCCCGACACUUUGCUUUCAAAGCUGCUGUUGAAUAAAUGGACUUUCCAUGUUGUC